AUGCACCUCUCUCUGUCUCUCUCUUAUAUCCUUCUGAGCUAGCCAUCAAUAACUAGAUUACUCUACCAACAUUUUUUUCUCCAAAGUAGAAACAAAGAACAAUUUUCAACUAAUGUACUUGUGACUCCACAGUCAUACCAACACAACACUUUCCUCUCCUCUUGCCUUCAAAAAAUGCAUUGAUUAUUACAAACCUUCAAAAAAUGCGUCAAUCACUUCUCUCUAACCACAACAACAGCAGCAGCUCAGACUCACAGCCGCCGGUUGCUACCACCGGCCGCACCCGGUCACACUUUAGCAGCCGGAAAAUCUCACCAACAAGCAUAACAAUCGAAUUCGAAAAAACCAAAAGAACAGCGAAAAAGCAUUUACCCAACGGUGAUUCUUAUAUGGGAACUUUCUCCGGCAACAACACACCAAACGGAUCAGGAAAAUAUACAUGGAACGAUGGUUGUAUCUACGAAGGUGAAUGGAAACGAGGAAAAGCUUCCGGAAAUGGUAAAUUCUCGUGGCCUUCAGGUUCUAUUUACGAAGGCGAGUUUAAGUUAGGUAAAAUGGAAGGUUCUGGAACUUUUACCGGAUCCGACGGUGAUAUUUACAGUGGUUCAUGGAGUUCCGAUAGAAAAAACGGUUACGGAAAGAAACGUUAUGUUAACGGUGAUUAUUAUGAAGGUUGGUGGAAGAAGAAUGUUCAAGAAGGAAAAGGGAGGUAUGUUUGGAAAAACGGGAAUGAGUAUAUUGGUGAAUGGAAGAACGGUGUUAUUAACGGAAGAGGAACUCUUGUUUGGUUGAAUGGGAAUCGUUAUGAAGGUGAAUGGGAGAAUGGUGUUCCCAAAGGGCAAGGUGUGUUUACUUGGCCUGAUGGAAGUUGCUAUGUUGGGAAUUGUAAUAAUAAUGAUUUUCAAUCUUCUUUAUUGAAUGGGAGUUUUUAUCCUGGUGAUGAUUUUGCUGUGACAAUGAGGAAAAGGUGUUUUGUUGAAGGUGGAAAGGAUUUUGGGAAGAUUUGUAUUUGGGAAUCUGAUGGAGAAAAAGGUGAUAUAACUUGUGAUAUUGUUGAUAAUGUAUCCAUGUUGAGUAGGAUUGGAAGUGAAAGUGUUUCAGAUCCGAAAGAGAUUAAGCAGUUUCGACGGAAUUCUGGUUGUUUUGCUUCCGAGGUUAAGAGACCGGGUGAAACUAUAUGUAAAGGGCAUAAGAAUUAUGAUCUUAUGCUUAAUCUGCAAUUGGGUAUAAGGCACUCUGUUGGAAAGGAAGCUUCUAUAUCGAGAGAGCUGAUACCGAGUGAUUUUGAUUUGAAGGAGAAGUUUUGGACUAGGUUUCCUUCUGAAGGAUCUAAGAUUACGCCACCACAUCAAUCAAUGGAGUUUCGUUGGAAGGAUUACUGCCCUAUGGUUUUUAGACAAUUGAGGAAGCGAUUUCAGGUGGAUCCUGCUGAUUACAUGUUAGCUAUUUGCGGAAAUGCUGCCCUCAGGGAGCUUUCAUCUCCUGGCAAAAGUGGAAGCUUCUUCUACUUGACCCAAGAUGAUAGAUUUAUGAUAAAGACGGUGAAAAAAUCCGAAGUCAAGGUACUUCUUCGGAUGCUUCGAAGUUAUUACGAACAUGUUUCUCAAUAUGAGGAUUCACUUGUGACAAAAUUCUAUGGGGUACAUUGUGUCAAACCAAUUGGAGGCCAGAAGACCCGGUUCAUUGUGAUGGGCAAUCUUUUCUGCUCAGAAUAUCCAAUCCAUAGGCGAUUUGACUUGAAGGGAUCGUCACAUGGCCGUAUGACAGAUAAGACUGAAGAUGAAAUUGAUGAAACUACCACCCUCAAAGACCUCGAUCUCAAUUUUGUGUUUCGCCUGCAAAGAAAUUGGUUCAAAGAUCUCAUCACACAAAUUGAGAGGGAUUGUGCGUUUUUGGAAGCUGAAGGAAUUAUGGAUUACAGUCUUUUGGUCGGCGUUCAUUUUCGUGAUGAUAAUACUUGUGACAAAAUGGGAUUAUCACCAUUUUUUUUGCGCACCGGCAAGCACGACUCUUAUCAAAGUGAAAAGUUUAUGCGUGGUUAUCGCUUCCUUGAAGCAGAGCUACAGGACAGGGAUCGAGUCAAAUCUGGCCGGAAAUCAUUGAUUAGGUUAGGAGCAAAUAUGCCUGCAAGAGCAGAGCGCAUGGCUCGGAGGAGUGAUUUUGACCAAUACACCAGUCUCGGGAUGAGCCAUUUUACUCCUUGUCGCAUUGGGGAGACCUAUGAUGUUGUUCUAUACUUUGGGAUUAUAGACAUUUUGCAAGAUUACGACAUCAGCAAGAAGCUGGAGCAUGCAUACAAGUCACUACAGGUUGACCCUUCAUCAAUCUCGGCCGUUGAUCCAAAGCUCUACUCAAAGAGGUUUCGUGAUUUUGUAGGGAGAAUAUUCAGUGAGGACCGGUAGCACCGAGUAAGAACAAAGGUGUAAAUGUUGUCAUGAUGAUCUCUUGCAUCAAUUGAUCUGAAUAAUAUCUAGUAAAGAAAGCUGGAAAUUGAUUCAGGUGUUGGAAUUGGUGUGCAUGCAAUAGACUGUUUGAUUAACAGGCUAUGGCAUUGAGAAUCUUUUCCUAUGGCCAAAUUUUGAAGAUUUUGCCAUAAUGAUGGUUCACUGAAGGCUAGGGUGAUCUUUGUACAUGAAAGAUGGUGGAAAUGAUCUCUGCCUUUUUUUUCUGUCUUUCCAUUGGUUGGGAUGUGUAGAUUCUUUGGUCACCACAAAGUAGAAUAUGAUAUUAUGAAUGUAAAAAAUGUUAGUUAGGGGAGAAAUGAUAAUGUUUUCAGACACCAAAAUCCAAAUGCGCGGAUACUUUACUUGGUAAUAAAGAAAGUGUACAGUUCUUGUAAAA